AGGAUACAUACAUCUGUGACAGAGGGAGAAGCUUUCAUUUGACCAAACAUGAAAACCGUCAUACUUCUGACUGUGCUGGCUUCAGUGGUGCUCUGCAGCCCACAGGGACAAAACAGGGAAUCUGUGAAAUUUGGUGCACUCUGCAGUGGUAACCCCACCAACAGGAAGAGAGGGUGUGAUGCGGCGAAAUAUGGCUGUGGAAACUAUGGGGCCAGCCGUUCUGGUGGGAAGCGUAAACAUGUGGGCCUGGACAUUAUUUGCGCUGAUGGAGCAACGGUCUACGCACCUUUUGACGUCACACUGAAUGGCAAAGCUGUUCCUUACUCGAUUACUGAUAAGAAGGAUAAACGAAUUCCGAUAAACGACGGCAUCAACCUUAGAGGAGAAGGUUUGUGCUUUAAGCUGUUCUACGUGAAGCCUGAUAGUUACCGUGGGACUGUGAAGAAGGGUCAGAAGAUUGGCAAGCUUCUGCCCAUACAGAGGGUUUACCCCGGCAUGACUUCCCAUGUUCACGUCCAGAUGUGUGACAAGUCUGACCCCACCAAAUAUUUCUGAUGACCAUGGAGUUAAAACUUACUCAUAUUGACUUUAACAAGCCUUUUCUCUUAAAGUGUUUCCUUUCUUACUUUUUUUUUUCUCAAUCUGCGUGCAUUCAUAUAUGAGUAUCAACGAUAUAUGACUUCACUUAUUAGAUCAGUAUAAGAUUAGUUAGCUGGCUUAAUCCUUUGUGUGAAUGAUUGUUUUUAAUGAGCUCAUGCGAUGACUGUCUUUGCCUCACUUUUCACUGUUUUUUUCCAUAAAGUUUUAUGAACUGUGAUUUCAUUAAAGAAGAUU